AUGGCCGGGGCUGAUAAAUACGGAGUUCAGCCACCUUCUUCUUGGUCUGUAGGUGGGAACCAUAAUGCUGGACUUCUAUAUUCAAACCCUACUAAUCAGCUUCUUUCAGUUCCAAAAGGAUGGCGCAGUGGUGACUGGUUAUGCAAUUGCGGUUUCCACAAUUAUUCGUCUCGAACACAAUGCAAAAAAUGCAAUGCUUUUCCACCAGCUCUUGGAACGAAGCGAUUAGCAUCGGAAGAGCUUGUUCAUGACUGGGAUAACAAGAGAUUGAACGUAGGAAGUACAGUUGGGCAUCAGCAAUCCUAUCCUGGGUUUGAGCAAGUGGUAGGCACCAGUGGUAACCAUGUAACUGGACCUUACACUUCAUAUCCUCCCAGCGUAAGCUCAGGCAUGGCUCCGAAUUUGCAAGUCCCCAUGCCAUUGACACAGCAAACAACGACACAUACACUCCUUGGCAAAGGGUAA